CCCACGGAUCAAAUAAAUCUAUUUGACGUGACAAUCACAGUGCAAACACUUGUUGGUUGUCAGCCUGUGAACUACGAUCCCGAACUGAAUUCAAGCAGUUUCGAAAAUGUGUGGGGAAGAGUUUCGCCUGAGAAAUUUUAAAUUUUGGCAUCCAUUUCAACGAGACUUCUCGGAAUCGAGGUGGCUGUCUUUACCUGUUUUUGUGACGUACCGUGUGAUAGUCACUGCCUACAACCUUGGAUGGCUGUUCUACAACAUGUACCUGUUCGGAGCCAAGCUUUUUAUUUACCUAACAAACUGGACUUUCCUUAUCUUAAACAUCUACUUUGUCUACGCAACUACUCUAUCCUGUAUUGCCCUUUACAAAGAUGUAAAGAAGCAGAACGAAGCUGUUCCAAAAGCAAGCGGCAAGGACGGACCAGAUGAAUACAUAGAGAUUGGGACUGGUGACGACUCUAAUCGCACCAACGCCCGCGAAGUUGAUAAUCUGCGGUUGCAUCAUAAAAUUUUCUGGGUCAUCUACGUCAUCUCAGCAACAGCAGGACUAUGGAUUACCGCUGGAUACUGGACCAUUCUCUUCGAAAACGACACUGUCGAUGCCAAUAACAUCACAAAGCAUGCGCUCAACUCUGUUUUCAUGGUGAUUGACACUUUUCUGAGCUCGAUUCCAAUCCGCCUCUUCCACUGGGUGUACGCUUUGUUGUACUUAGUCAUAUACAUUCUUUUCUCGGUUUUCUAUUGGCUGGCUGGAGGUACCAAUAAUCAGGGUAAACCUUACAUCUACUCUGCGUUGAAUUACGGUGAUUUCCCGACGACCACCGCAAUUCUUCUUGUGGUUUUUCUUCUCGUGGUUCUGCCGAUUUUGCAUCUGAUUUACUUCGGUUUAACUAAGUUACGAGAUUAUUUCUAUAAAAAGUAUAAAAGCCAAUGAAAAAAUUAGGGAACACGAUAUUGUAGACUGACUAUUAUUAUAACGAUAAUGAGAACGACAACACUUGUGAGGGUACUUUUCAAAAACGUUCAACAGGCACAUAGGCACAAUACACGCUUGGCUCAAAACAGACUUAUAAUCUCCAAAACUAGCAGGAAUUUUAUACAUCUGAUUUCAAGAACCAUAAAUAUGUGAUACCCUUGUUGCAAAUAAGUAUCCCUCUUUCUCUCUACUUUAACAGCACACCAUAUAUAUGUAGAUAAUUAUCGAUCCUGUUUUUGUUAUUUUUGCGUAAUGAUACUUUGUUUGUAUACGUGUGAAUGUAACUUGUGUGGUUUGUACCCACCUCAUGAUUUCUAUAUAUAUUUAAAUGCAUACUGGCAGUCAGUUUCCUUAAACAUUUACACCCUAACAUCACCAUGCAUAUUCUCCAUACUGUUCUCUAUACAUUUCCUAAGGUGCUGACAAGGAGAAUUUGUUUAUCAAUCAAGAGAAUGUUUAGUUGGUGAUCAUUUCUUUUUUCUUAUGACCUUACUGUGUAAUGCAGGGGUUAUAUACUGGGAGAAAUUAGAUGCUAGUCACUCUUACGGGCUAAGGGUUUAAACCCGUGGUUAGUAUUUUGGGUCUCGGUACCCUUGCACAUUAAGUGUAGAUUAAAAUUUAUAUGAUAUGGUUGUAUUAACAUGUUAUGUGGUACAGAAAAACUUUGUUUGUUGUUGUUGGAAAUAGCUAACGACGAUGAUGGGAAUGAUAGAGACAUUUAUUUAUACACAAAGUUACAACUUAGCCAAUACUUUGCAUAUAUAUAGUCGCAGUCGUAUCUGAUAGCUACCAAAAAUGAAAGUGGAAAUAUUAUAUCAUGUAAAGGAAUCUUUUGAAUAAGAGCUUCAGCUGAGUUAUGAAUCCGCAGGCUAUAAAAGGUUUUGGUAGAUGGUUUGAUGAUUGUCGACUUAGAAGACUGUUUUUACAUUAUUUCAUUUAAGAGUGAGAAACCAAAGACAAUAUUAAAUCGCCUUCCUCAAUAUUGAAGCAAUAUUGAAUCGACUUCUUUACCCACAUGUAGGUCUUGAAGAUUUAGCUAAUAUUUUCUGAGAUUCUCAAUCUUACAUUUGACAAAUAGAUCUUUAAGUGAGAUCGGUUAAUUAGCUAGAUGCUCUAAAAGUCGUCUUAUAUGUUCAGCUCAGUAGUUGACCUGCAGAUGUGAUUGCAGAGAUUUGUUUUUCUAGAUUAAUAAAAGGUGUUGGAAACUGUA